UUUGAACGGUUUUUACUAUUGAAAAUUUUAUCUCUUCCACUUAAUCUGCAUCUCUUCUACGUAAUCUGUUUGAUAUCCAAUUGUUCCGCUUGAUUCGUACCGCUCAAACAGUUAGAAUCCUUGUCUAAAAAAACUAACCCCAAACAGAACUUCGGCGUGUAGACCAAAUGUACCUGACAACAAGUCUACAACUACUUGCGUGGUUCGUGAUUUAUUCAAAAACCGAUUAUAAAAAUAUCAGAAGUAAUUAAGUACAGUAAAGAACAACCUCUUAGUCAGAUUCUCUCUCUCAAUAUCUAUCUGCCCAUAUUUCUUGCUUUCAACAAAUUCAUUCACCAAUCUCCUUUUGUCCCAUCAACAACAAACAAAAUACAAAGUCCUUUCACAUAUAUUAAAACCACUUCACCACCAACCCUUACACAAGAAACCUCUCUUCAACAAUGUCCUUUCAAAACCGCAGAUCAAGAAACCAUUUCUUAUUAUAUGCAAAAACAAUUUUUCUUUUUCUUCUUCUUGGAUUAUGCAAUGGAGCAAGAACAAGUAAGAACAACGUCUUCAACUCUAAAUCACACAAAGAAGUUCACCACGUCGUUUCAUCUUCGUCUCAACAGUUUUUGGGAUUCUUACCACGUCACUUCCCAAUUCCAGCUUCUGGUCCCUCUAAAAAACACAAUGAUAUUGGUUUACUUAGUUGUGAUCGAUCUUCUCCGUGAAAAGCUUUUAAAGGUCAUCAUGAAUUCCUUUUUAUUUUCUUUUAAUUAUUUCUCUAUUUUUUAUAUAGUAUAGUUUCUUGUGUAAAUGGGGUUUUUUAUUUUUGGUUUGUGAUGCCAAGAAAAUGGAGUUUUGGUUUGAUUCUUGUCAACGAGGCAAAACAGAUAUAAUCUCUUAUCUAUGGUUAAUCUGUAACUAGAAGUUGUAAUUCUGUUUUUGGAUGACUCGUAUUUGUAAUGUUGCAUGCAUUAAAGUAUAAUAGCGUGUGGUCUUUUUAAUAAUA